AUGGGCAGUUUUAUAGGGCAUGUAUUACCAGGCAUAGGCUUCUUUAUAAUAGGUUUGUGGCAUCUCUUCAACCACGUAAAACUCCAUUUUCUACAGCCAAACACUUACAUUUCCCCUGCAUGGUUCCCCGUAAAAAAACGAAGGUAUUUAGAGCUCUAUUUCAUCAUGUUAGGGACCUCCAUUUCCAUAUCAAUUGAGCUCUUCAUUGGGCCAAGCAAACACCAUCCAUUUGAUGUUGAUGGAACCAUACCAUCAAACCAUCUCCGCAACUUUGAACACUCCUUGAUAUCAAUGUCUUUCUUUGUCUACGCAACUUGUGCUAUACUUCUUGAUAAACUUGGUGCUAAAUCUCAACGAGGUCUAACAUACAUUGCAGGAGCAAUAGCCUUUGGCCAGCAACUUCUCAUGUUCCACCUCCACUCAAGUGACCACAAAGGUCUUGAAGGGCAAUACCAUUUGCUUCUGCAAAUCGUCAUAGUCAUUUCUUUAACCACCACUCUCAUGGGAAUUGGCCUUCCUGGGAGUUUCUUGGUUAGCUUUGUUAGGUCUCUUAGUAUCUUGUUCCAAGGUGUAUGGUUCGUAGUCAUGGGCUUUGUGCUAUGGAUCCCAAGGUUGAUUCCUAAGGGUUGCUUACUUCACAACGAUGAUGGUCACAAAAUGGCUAGAUGUGCUACUGAAGAGGCCUUGCAUCGUGCCAAAUCAUUGGGAAAUAUUCUAUAUAGUUGGCUUCUCGUUUUACUCACCAUUUUUGCUGUAUUAUUUUAUGUAGCUGUGGUUGAAAAAUAUAGUAAGGAUGUCAAGUACUCGUCGGUGGCAAAUGAAUGUGAAGAGAUAGAAAUUGAAGAGUCCAGUGACAUCGAAUCACCAAAGAAAAACAAAUUGGCCGACUUGAAGAUCAGAUUGAUUGAUGUGGAAAGUGGGUUUGCCCCUCUUGACAUAGAGAAGUGGAAGAUGCAAGAAAAUUAA